GUAUUUCCUUUUAUAAUUCCUGUUUUGUUCGAGGUUUGACGAAAGAAAACUUAUCCAAUAAUUGAAGCCACUUCAAGGCAGUCACAGAAUCUUUAGUAUAAAGACAAACUUAUUACUGGAUGCAGACAAAGAAGUCAAAAAUGUUGCAAUAUAAAAAUAUCAUUUUGUGUUGGACAUAUUUCUUUCCUCAUCAUCAGCCGUUAGUGUAGUUGAUGGCUGACAUCAAAGUAGAUAUGGAGCAGCAACAUCAUGUGAUAAUUGAAUAUCAAGAAAUAGAGAAAGAAGAAGAAGAAGAAUUAAAGCCUCAGAAGACGAAGCGUGUUGCUUCCCUUGAUAUUUUCAGAGGCCUCGCUGUUGCACUGAUGGUCUUGGUUGAUGAUGCGGGAGGAGAAUGGCCUAUGAUCGGGCAUGCACCAUGGAACGGUUGCAAUCUUGCAGAUUUUGUGAUGCCAUUAUUUCUGUUUAUUGUGGGAAUGGCCAUAGCACUUGCUCUAAAGAGAAUACCAGAAAAGCUAGUGGCCAUCAGAAAGGUGAUUCUAAGGACACUCAAACUUCUAUUUUGGGGGCCUCCUUUUACAAGGAAAUCUAGGCGAAGUGUUGGACUUACAGUGUCUACAAGCUUCUGAAAUAAAGAAGUAACCUUUUCCCCUCUUUCUCUGGUAAGGUUUCACAGUUCUUUAAUGCUAUUGACUGAAUGCAUAAUCUGCUGCAAACCUGAAAAAGUAAUUUAAGUUGUCUUCAGUGGAGAACAUCCAUAGUAAUUAGUCAAUGUUGUGCUUUAGAAGUUGAUGAUUUGUAGGACUUAAACAUAUAUCGGAUCUCCUAAAGUAGUCACACGUACUCACCUUAGGGGCUUAU